AUGAAGAUAUUGAGCGUGUACGAUUGGUCUGAUUUGCCGAUAGACAAAACAAAUUUCUCAUCCUUUCUUAAACUAGACGACAAGGCGCGAAGUUUGCUAAAACGAUGCCAGCAGGAAGUCUAUGGCGAAGAAAUCCAACUCCUCGAAAAGGGAAAGCCUUUACAUAAGUCAUCCCCUAUUUUAUCACUGCAUCCGACUCUGGGAGACGAUGGCCUGCUUCGUCUCGGUGGUAGGAUUGGCAGAGCAAAAUUACCUUAUGAUGUCCUCCAUCCUCCCCUGUUACCCGGUCGACAUUCCCUCACAGAGCGCAUAAUCCACAUUUUUCACGAAGAAACUCAUUACGCCGGAACCGAUUAUCUAUUCCCCCAGAUCAGUCAGCACUUUUGGAUUGUGAAGGGUAGAGAAGUAGUGAAGAUGAUUCGACGGCUAUGCCCGGUCUGUAUUCGUGGAAGAGCGACACCUGCUGGACAACUGAUGGGAGAUCUUCCGUACGUACGUUUAGACUCGUACACCCCUCCCUUCUCUCAUAUCGCCAUAGACUAUUUCGGACCGAUAGAAACCAGCCCUGGUCGGAAUCGGAUAACGAAGCGUUACGGGGCACUCAUUACAUGUCUAGUAACUCGAGGUGUUCAUCUAGAACUAGCAGAAUCUCUCUCGAACGACGACUUCAUUCUCGUCUUUCGCCGAUUCAUCGGACUAUACGGCAGGCCCAUUUCUGUUCAUUCUGAUAAUGGUACAAAUUUCGUAGGUGUUGAAAGGGAGCUGAACACGCUAAUAAAGAAUCUUAAAGAGAACGAGGAAAUUCGACGUUUCAUAAAAGAAAAGGGAAUUGACUGGCGAUUUCAACCUCCUCGUACUCCUCAUUUCGGGGGAGCCCAUGAGAGUUUGGUACGUUCAACGAAGAAGGCACUGUAUCGAGCUCUAGAAAUCGAAAGGGGAGGUCUUCGUUUCCCGACCGAUGAAAUGUUACGUACCCUCCCGUCGAAAGUUAUCGGAUUACUCAACACUCGACCGUUAACUUUCGCCAGUUUGGACCCCGAAGAUUUUCGACCUCUCACCCCUAACGAUUUUCUAAAUCGCCCUUCUACAUUAUAUUCACCUCCAGGAAACUUCAGCGACGCGUUACAAAGAGAGAGAUUCCGCUAUACUCAACGUAUGGCCCAAUUAUUUUGGGAUUUGUGGACAAAGUUUUACCUUCCUUCCCUCGUCGAGAGAAAGAAAUGGAAAGAAGAAAAGCCGAAUCUCAACAUCGGAGACGUGGUGAUGAUUAUCGACUCCAAUUUACCAAGAGGACAGUGGCGGAUCGGUAACAUCGUGAAAGCCUACCCUGGCGAUGAUGGUUUAGUACGUGUGGUGCAAAUUCAGACGGAGAGCGGAACUUAUGACCGAGGCAUCCAUCGGGUCUGUUUAUUGGAAAAGGCCACGGCGACUCCUCCUGAAACCAACUUAACUCGCAACCCGACCACGCACCAGAUGAAGACGCAGAACUGCCUAUAUUUAAGGUCAUACGCUUUUCCCAUUAACUCAUCCGGUUAG